AUGUUCUUGAUUGCGGGUCGUGAAACUUCGGGACGUGCAGCUACAUGGGCCACCAUCUAUCUCCAUCAUCAUCCCCAUGUGUUGCAAAAGGCCAAGGAAGAGCAAGAGAAAAUCAUGAAAAGAAGGCCUUCUUCCCAGAAAGGUUUAACCCUCUCCGAAAUCAAACAAAUGAAAUAUCUAUCUAAGGUGAUUGACGAAACAUUACGAAGACGGACCAAUGUUUUUGCACUAUUUCGAGAGGCAAAAAAUGAUACUUAUCUAAAUGGGUACUUCAUACCAAAAGGUUGGAAAGUGUUGUUUUGGCAAAGUGCAGUUCAUAUGGACCCUGAAAUUUAUCCCAACCCAAAAGAAUUCCUUCCUUCAAGAUGGGAUGGUUUUAAACCCAAGGUAGGAGCUUUUCUACCCUUUGGAGCAGGAAGUAGUACUUGUCCUGGAGCUGAUCUAGCCAAACUUGUGAUCUCCAGUUUCCUUCAUUGUUUCACCCUUAACUAUAAGCUUGAACAACUUAAUCCAGGAGGCCCUGUUAAUUAUUUGCCUUGUUCACCAGAUCCAGCUGAUAACUGUCCUGCCAGAAUCAUUAAAAUCCGUUGA